GCCCGCCGCGCAGAGCAGCGCAGCGCAGCGCAGGCGCCCUCCAACUCCGGGCUCCGCAACCGCUGCUCCCCCUCCCUCCCUCCCUCCAGCUCGGCCUGCCUCAGCCCGCGCCGCGCGAUGUCAGAGGAGGACGAGGACCAGCCGCCGCCCAAGCGGCCGUGCGCGUCGCCGCCCGCGGACCAGGUGCUCGACAACGUGCUCGAGACGGUGCUCCAGUUCCUGGACGCCCCGCGGGACCGGAGCGCCGCCUCGCUGGUCUGCCGCUCCUGGCACCGCGCCGAGUCCGCCACCCGCGACUCCGUCGCCGUCCGCAACCUCCUGGCCGCCUCGGCCACCCGCGCCGCGCGCCGCUUCCCCAACGCGCGGAGCCUCCUCCUCAAGGGCCGCCCGCGCUUCGCCGACUUCAACCUCCUCCCGCACGGCUGGGACGCCUCCGCCUUCCGCCCCUGGGCCGCCGCCGUCGCCGCCGGGUCCUUCCCCGCGCUCACCUCGCUCUACCUCAAGCGCAUCCCCGUCACCGACGCUGACCUCGACCUCCUCUCCCGCCCGCUCCCGGCGUCAUUCCGCGACCUCACACUGCACCUCUGCGACGGCUUCACCUCGCGCGGGCUCGCCUCCAUCGCCUCCCAUUGCAGGGGCCUGCGAGUGCUCGACGUGGUGGAGUGCGACAUGGCCGAGGAGCAGGAGGUCGUGGACUGGGUGGCCGCGUUCCCGCCGGAGCCCACCAACCUGGAGUCGCUCUCGUUCGAGUGCUACGAGCCGCCCGUGGCCUUCGCCACGCUCGAGGCGCUCGUGGCGCGGUCCCCGCGCCUCAGCCGCCUGGGGGUCAACCUGCACGUCUCGCUCGGCCAGCUGCGCCGCCUCAUGGCGCACGCCCCGCGCUUGUCGCACCUGGGCACCGGGUCGUUCCGCCCGGCGGAAGGCGGCGAGGGGGAGGCAGAGUUCGGGGAGGUUGUCUCUGCAUUCGUGUCCGCUGGGCGAGCGCGCACGCUUGUUUCUCUCUCCGGCUUCCGUGACCUCGCGCAAGAGUACCUGCCAAUCAUCGACGUGGUGUGCUCCCACUUGAAGAGCCUUGACUUAAGCUACGCCGCGGUCACCCCGAAUCAGAUCCUGAUGUUCAUCGGGCAAUGCUACAACCUUGAGACGCUAUGGGUACUUGACUCGGUGCGCGACGAAGGGCUCGACGCCGUGGGGAUUUACUGCAAGAAGCUCCAGACUCUUCGCGUGCUCCCAUUGGAUGCGCAUGAGGAUGCCGACGAGUUGGUAUCGGAGGUUGGCCUUACUGCCAUCGCACGGGGCUGCCCUGCUCUCCGUUCAAUACUAUAUUUUUGCCAGACAAUGACCAACGCUGCUGUUGUCGACAUGUCGCGCCACUGCCCGGAGCUCAAGGUAUUCCGGUUAUGUAUAAUGGGACGACACCAGCCGGACCAUGCGACUGAGGAGCCCAUGGAUGAAGGAUUCGGUGCCAUUGUUAAGAACUGUAGGAAGCUUACCAGGCUAUCCACGUCGGGGCAACUUACUGACCGGGCGUUUGAGUACAUUGGCAGGCAUGGCAAGUCCCUGCGGACGCUCUCUGUAGCGUUUGCUGGAAACAGCGACGUGGCGCUGCAAUACAUCCUCCGGGGCUGCUCAAAGCUCGAGAAGCUGGAGAUAAGGGACUGCCCUUUCGGUGAUGCCGGCCUCCUCUCUGGGAUGCACCAGUUCUAUAACAUGCGGUUCGUCUGGAUGUCAGGCUGCAACCUGACCCUGCGGGGGUGCAAGGAGGUGGCUCGGGGGCUACCACGAAUGGUGGUGGAGUUGAUAAAUGGCCAGCCUGAUGAGAGCGAGAGGAAGGAAAGUGUGGACAUCUUAUACAUGUAUCGGUCACUCGAUGGUCCAAGGGAAGAUGUACCACCAUUUGUGAAGAUCCUGUGAAGCUGCUUCUGGUAGUAUCAUGCUGCUGCCCUUGAUAUGCUAGUUGAGUGCAGAUCAUUUAACGGAAUAUAUGUAAGUUGUUUGGGCUGCAGAUAUGGUACAUUUUUUUAUCUCUUCAAAUUCUUAGGAGGAUUUCCAAAGCGCUGUAAUGGAGCGGCGGGCAGGGUGUUAAAUUGACGUUGUUGUUCUAGUAGGAGUUCAUCAGUGUAUGUAAAGCGUACGUUCCACGGCGAGACCAUAAAAGCGCGGCAGAGCAGGCUUCUUGGAGGGGGCCUCAUGGCUGCCUCAGUUUUGUUUGCUGCUCUGGAGGGGCUCCGGUUCUAGGACUGUCUUUCAGUGCCGGUGCAAUGACCAUGUUUUCCCUCAUAAUUUUCGAGGUGAACCUUGUUGUAUAUCAUAUUAGAUUCAUUAGAACUUGCCCUUCUGCCGCUGCUGCGUGUCGUCUGUUCCAUUUUUCGCGUUCUGGAACUAUGAGACGAGAAAACCUCCUGA